CAGUAUGCCAGCUCCAAGUGUCCAGAGGGCGGGAAGGAAGGAGGCCGGGCAGAGGGGGUGAAAGGAGCAUUGAUGCAGCGGGAGGCCGUCCUGCAGCGCGGUGGGGCCAGACGCCGACCAGGUCCCGGUUCCCGCGGUCUCAUUCACCUCCUGCUCCAGGCUUGGCAGCCGCCUUGCGCCAUGCACCCCCAGGACCACACCGCGUCCCCGCCGCAGCUACUCGGCCUCCUUCUCCUGCUGCUGCUGCAACUGCCUGCGCCUUCCAGUGCCUCUGAGACUCCCAAGGUGAAACAAAAGGCGCUUAUCAGGCAAAGGGAGGUGGUGGACCUGUAUAAUGGAAUGUGUUUACAAGGGCCAGCAGGAGUCCCAGGUCGUGAUGGAAACCCCGGGGCCAAUGGCAUUCCUGGUACACCUGGGAUCCCAGGACGGGAUGGAUUCAAAGGAGAAAAGGGGGAGUGCUUAAGGGAAAGCUUUGAAGAAUCCUGGACCCCAAACUACAAGCAGUGUUCAUGGAGUUCAUUGAAUUAUGGCAUAGAUCUUGGGAAAAUUGCGGAGUGUACAUUUACCAAAAUGCGCUCUAACAGUGCCCUGCGAGUUCUGUUCAGUGGCUCACUUCGGCUAAAAUGCAGAAACGCAUGCUGUCAGCGUUGGUAUUUCACGUUCAAUGGAGCUGAAUGUUCAGGACCUCUUCCCAUUGAAGCCAUUAUCUAUUUAGACCAAGGAAGCCCUGAACUAAAUUCAACAAUUAAUAUUCAUCGUACUUCUUCUGUGGAAGGACUCUGUGAAGGAAUUGGUGCUGGUUUGGUGGAUGUGGCCAUCUGGGUUGGUACUUGUUCAGAUUACCCGAAAGGAGAUGCUUCUACUGGAUGGAAUUCAGUGUCUCGCAUUAUUAUUGAAGAACUACCAAAAUAAUUCCUCUGAUUUUUUUUCAUUCCCUACCUCUUUUAUUUUUAAAAAUCAUACCUUUGAAUGAUUCAUUUAAAUAACAUUUAAGAAAUCACUUUAUGUAUACAGCUGAAUGAAAAACAAAAAACAAAAAACAAAUAUGUUUACAGACCAAAGUGUGAUUUCACACUUUAAAGUCUAGUGUUAUCCAUAUUACAUGAACCAAAAAUGGUUUCAGGAUUUUUUAGUUGAUGACUUUUUUUCAUGCUCCCAUUCUCUAAACCUGUAUUUUAGAAUGUGAUUGUGGUCUUUAGAAUUUUCUACUUUCUUAGUCUACCAUUUUAAAAAAUAUAAAAGUUAUGUCUUU